GUGCCGGGUCAAGCCGUGCGGGUGUGCCCGGGCAGGCGGUGAUGGGGGUGCAGGUGGUGGUGACCCUGCUGGCCGCCAGCCUCAUGCAGAAGAUGGUCCCGCACUGGUCCUUCGCUCGCUGGCUGCUCUGCAACGGCAGCCUGCACCGGUACAAGCACCCCUCGGAUGAGGAGCUCUGCGCCCUGGCAGGGAAGCAGCGCCCCAAGGCCAAGCGGGACAGGAGGAUGAACGGCAUGAUGGAGGACAAACCCCUCUCCGUGCCCCGGGACAUCGACCUCCACCUGGACACCAGCCCCAUCACUGCUGUGGAUGCUCUUGUGCUGCGUUAUUUCCUGGACUACCAGUGGUUCGUGGACUUCGCUGUGUACUCCACCGCCGUGUACGCCUUCACCGAGGGCUACUACUGCCUGGUGGACCCCCAGAAGGAGAUGAACAUCGGGGUGCUCUGGUCCCUGCUGACGGUUGUCUUCUCCAUCAAGGUCUUCUUCAUGGUGAUGCGCCAUUACUUCCGCUCAGAGGAGGGGGGCGAGCGCUCCGUCUGCCUCACCUUCGCCUUCUUCUUCCUCCUCCUCGCCAUGGUGGCCCUGGUGAUCCGUGAGGACUACCUGGAGUUUGGCCUGGAGCCCGCGCUGGCUGGAGUCAGCACCAACCUGGAGAGCAUCCUGAAGCAGCGGGGCUGGGAGUGGACGCUGCCCGUUGCCAAGCUGGCCUUCAAGCUGGGGCUGGUGGCCCUGUGCUCCUUCCUGGGCGCCUGCCUGACCUUCCCAGGGCUGCGCCUGGCCCAGACGCACCUCGACGCCCUCCGGAUGGCGGCCGACAAGCCCCUGACCCAGGUCCUGCUCCACGGGAGUUUCCUGGCGCCCGUCCUGGUGGUGGUGAUGUGGAUCAAGCCCAUCUCACGGGACUUCCUCCUCCACGCGCCCAUGGGCAAGCAGACAGUGCAGAUCAUGUCGGACUCUGCCUACAACACCGUGCGCCUCUGGAGCAUCGUUGGCCUCUGCCUGCUGCGCCUGGCUGUCACCCGGCAUCACCUCCAGGCGUACCUGGGCCUGGCCGAGCGCUGGGUGGAGCAGAUGAGGAAGGAAGCCGGGCGCAUCCCUGUGCUGGAGAUCCAGCGCAAGAUCACAAGGAUUUACUGCUACGUCUCCGUGGUCAGCCUGCAGUACCUGGGACCCAUCAUCCUCACCUUCCACUGCACGCUGCUCCUCAAGACGCUGGGGCACCACUCGUGGGGGCUGUACCCGGAGCCCCCUCCCGUGCCCGCGGCAGUGGCGGUAGCCCCGCGGCGCCCCGGUGCUGAGGACGUGCGUGCCGCGGUGGAGCAGGUCACGGCCGUCCUGGGCGGCAUCUUCACCCCCCUCUUCUUCCGCGGGCUCUUCGCCUUCCUCACGUGGUGGGUGGCCGCCUGCCAGGUUGUCACCAGCCUCUUCGGCCUCUACUUCCACCGGUACCUGGCAGCCUCCUGACUGGGGGAGCCCGGGGGGUGCCGGUGGUGCCGGGGUGCUGGUCCCUUUGCUCCUGCCUCGGCUGGCUUCCCCCU